AUGCAGCAAGCAUCUGCAUUGGCAGGGGUUGAGGAGGCGGGGGUUGGUUUCUUGCGCCCUACAGUAGAAAUAAGUGGGAAGGACACCAGGACUGCAAGGAGGAGAUCGGGAGGGACCCAGAGUGUUCUGCGAUGGAUGAUCGUGACAUUAAUUGCAUUCGCAGUAACAUUUCUUAUAAUCUCCUGUGUCCGAGGCCCCAGACCUCGUGCGGUGCAGACGUACGCAUGGAGGCGGUUGGCUGGUAGCGAAGGAGAUGAUGACAAAGAUGACUUGUGCCCUAAAGAGCUGCUUCAAGAUCAGUCCGAAGGUACUCACGCUCCACAGGGUGAACAGGAGGUGCCGACGGAGGCAGGAGGAGACGACCAACAGCAGCAGGAAGGACCAUUGGGAGGAGCAGCAAUGGGAGAGGGACGCCUGCAGGCGGGUGAUUCACUUGGAGGGGCAUCAGGGGGGGUGGGUCAACAGCAGGCGGGAGAGUCAGUGGGAGGAGCAGCAAGUGGACAGGGGCAGCAGGAGAGUGUCGAGUCAACUGGAGCACCUGCAUUAGAUGAGGAACAAGGAGCCAAGGUACAAACGACCACACUAGAUGAAGGUAAAUUAGAGGCAGUAACCCCUAAUGCAUCCGAAUCACCUGCUACGGAAGACCCCACCCCGGGACCGUCGCGUGUUUCAGGAAAGAAGAAGGCAAAGACCAAGCAUCUGGAAUCCCCUCGUCAACCAUUGCCCCACCUAGAGGAAGAGGAUGAGUAUGGGGGUCAAGCGGGCCGCAAGCGUCGCAGUUCUCGCAGAUUUUCACAAGCUUCCGGGCAGGAUGAAGAUUCUGACGGUGAUGACGAAGACGACACGCCAACUUAUCGCUGGCCCAGGGGUGUGUUGUAUGACACCCGUCCUGAGAAUUUCCCCCCACCUCCAAAGCGGCGGAAGGUUACGACGGUCAGCAAGCCAGAGGUGAAACCCAAGCCCGAGGACACCCGUCAGCACCAAACGAAGCAGAAGGGGCCCAAACACCAGCGCAUCAAACUCAAAACGCUAGUAUCUAUUCUUGAGGAAUCUAUGGGGUUGGCAGAGGAUGUAUCAUCGAGUGGUGGCGAGGAGAACGUGGCAUCAGCCUGCUGGCUUCUGAAUGAAGUAGUCCAGGCGCUGUCCGUGCAAGUCGCUGUCGCACGCGAAGGCGCACAAGAUGAGCCUCAAGAGGAAGAGCUUCAGGAGCUUUGUGGUCUGGCAGAAGCCGCAAGGCUUGUAGCAGAGGAAUGGAUUUCGAGUCAUGGCGGAACAGUGACAGAGGCCCGUGUUGUUAAGGAGGGUCGUCGUCACGAAGAAGAGAGAAGCCAAGUUGCCGUACGAUUGCUGGUGCUGACCCUGGCUGCUGAACAGAUUCGGAAGCAAUCCAGUGCACUCAGAGCAAGAUUAUCUGAUCAAAACGUUGCCGAAGUCAAUAGAGUUGUAACAAUGGCGAAGCCGUUAGUUGCGAGUACAGAGUCUAUGCUUAAAAGCCUCCGCUUAGAAAAGCAGCAUGCUGCUGCUCAGAUGGUCUGUAAACUAUUGGGUGAAUUAAAACGAUCCAAAGGCGAAGCUGAAGCUGUGCUAUUGUCCCAUAAGCUUGCGGCCGCAGUUCCUCUUGUGCUGCUUGGCACAGAAGAGGCCGUCCAGGACCUAAUGGAUAGCCUGGGCGUGGCAACAACUAGAGUUGAAGCGUUGCUAGCGCGGUUAGAAGCCGGCGCAGAUUCAAACGUACAGAGGGAAGCACAGGAAGAAGUACAGGCCUGCAGAAGCCUCCUCUUCGAGGUUAAUCAAGCAUUACAGAGCGGAGGUUGGCAAACGCAACGUCUCACCGAUCCUGCUUUCAUAUUGCAGGAUAAGGUUGACUUACUGGAGGCGGUGUUGGAGAGCGCCAAAUUAUAA